AUGUUACCUGAAACUCGCAUUGGAAGGUUCGUCGAACCAAUCGUACAACGCACACAAUUGGGGUGGAUCUUGACCGGCAAUGUAACCCCGGUUUUCAAACGCUCAACGAGCAGUCGCUGUCACCACUCCACGCUUCAACUUGAAUCUCUCGUUCAAAGGUUUUAUGAACAUGAACAAAUACCUGAGGACCGAGCAUUAUCUCUCGAAGAAAACUGGUGUGAAAACCAUUUUCUGCAAGCACAUUUGCGUCAACCCAAUGGCAAGUACUUGGUAAGGCUUCCAUUAAAGCAUUUGUUUGACCAAACUCAAACACUUGGCAAGUCUAAGCAAACAGCACUAAAUCGCUUUUAUUGCCUAGAGCACACACUUCAACGCGACGAGAAACUACGCAAGCUUUACAGCGAAUGCAUCCAUGACUACUUCGUAUUAAAUCAAAUUAAGCCUGCUACAACAACGGAGAGAGAUCACUGCGCCUUUACUCCGGCGAAUGCUCCAACAGUGACCUCGUGCGGUUUGCCACAUCAUGCGGUGCUUAAAGAAGAGAGCUUAACGACUAAGCUACGCAUCAUUUUCGAAGCUUCGUGUAAAACAACGAAUGGCAGAUCUUUUAAUGAUGUUUUGUGCAAUGGUCUGGCGCUGCAAAACGACUUAUCUGCAGUAAUCUUGAAUUGGCGAAAACAUAAAUUCGCGUUUACUGCUGAUAUACAAAAAAUGUAUAGAUGCAUCGAUAUGCACCCCGAAGACUCGUAA